CCUCUCCUCGCGUUUGGAAAGUGUGCAGUUCGAAUCGAAUACUGACAUAUGAUUAGAAAACCUUUGAAUUUGGCAAGAAAACAUUCCAUUAAACAAACAUUUUAAUAUCGUAAGAUGGAUAUACAACAUCAGUUUAGUAAUUUUUCUCGUUCUCCAAAGAUUACAGAAGGGAUGAACUUGAGUUUCAAUGUAAGUUUUGUAGAUGUAGAAGAAAACUUAUUAAAAUUAUGGAUCCAGCCAGAGCCAAGUCUGGUCCGUAGUAUAGAAUCGGUUAUGCGUAGUUUGCAUACCAGGUUAGAAAAAUCUGGUGGUUACAUGCAUCAAUGCCAAUUGUCUGUAAAUGGACAUUACUGUGUCAAGCCUACUGAGAGUGAUUGUUGGUUUAGAGCACGAGUUAUCAAGCAUGCACCCAACGAUGGUACUUUUGUAAUUGUUCAUUUCAUCGAUUAUGGACAUACAGGGGUUAUUAGAGUUACUAAUGUAAGGCCACUUGAAGAGAAACUUUAUUCUCUUCCACCUCAGGCUAUAAAAUGUGUUAUGGCUGAAGUUGCUUCUGCCACCGGAGAAGCGUGGCAUAAAGAAGCCGCAGAUUAUAUAAGAAAAGUUCUGUCUCAGACCGAAGUUACCGGUACUGUCGUGAGUAAAUAUCUGGACAUUCCUUAUAUCCGUGUCUUCGUGAAUGGCAUAUCGCUUGCACAUCACUUGAUAGAGAAGGGAAUAGGUAUUCCUUUGGCGUCGAGUUUGGAACCGUCGGCUUCGCAGAUGGUUAUUUAUAAUGGUGAAACGUUUAGAGCGCUUCCUCUUGAUGUGACUAAAGAACAUUUGGUUUAUGUUUCUCAUGUUGAAAGUUGUAAUAAGUUUUACAUUCAACUUGCUUGCAAAGAACACGAACUUAAUAUUUUGAUGGAGGAAAUAAAACGACAUGCGGUUGAGCAAGGAUUUUAUCCAUUGGAAGAGAUAUUGCCUGGAAGUCCGUGCAUUGCUCAGUUUUCAGAAGAUAGUAAUUUCUAUAGAGCUGUUAUUACAAAAGUUACUCCACCAACUUGCUGUGUUACAUAUAUUGAUUAUGGAAAUUCUGAAAAUAAAUCUCAUUAUGAGCUGAAAGCUAUACCACAGAAAUUUUUAAUUAUUACAGCCCAAGCUAAAGAGUGCAAAUUGUUUACGGAUGUGAUCAUAGAUACUGACACGUUUCGUAGCUUAGUUGAUGAUAAGUUAUUGACUUGCCGUAUUAAAGAACAGCAGUCGUCUUCGUAUGUUGUGACGCUCUAUCAUGAUGGUGAAAAUAUUAUUAAGUCAAACGAAAGCACGUUGUUACCUUCCCAUUCACAACCAUUAAUGAAGCAGUCAUUUAACUAUAAUUAUUUGGAACUGCAUUUAAAUUCAACUUAUGAUAUUUAUGUUUCCUAUAUCCGUAGUCCUCUUAAUUUCUAUUGCAAUUUACAUCAUAAUAAUAUUCUUCUUAAAAACUUAAUGGAUAAAGUAUCUGCAUUAUGUGAAAUGACGAAUCCAGAAAUUAAUGCUAUUUCCAUAAAUGAGUGCUUUCCCGGACAAUCAGUUUGCUGUAAGUAUAGUGCUGAUCAGCAAUGGUAUCGUGCUGUUAUUUUAAGUUCUGUGCAAAAUUCUUCUGUUCCAGUGCAGUUUGUAGAUUAUGGAAAUGAAGAAGUAGCUCAUAUUAGUGUUCUGAGAAAAAUUACUCCAGAAUUAUUAGAAUUGCCAGUUCAAGCAAUAAAAUGUCAUCUAGUUAACAUGGAAAUGUUUUCAUUAGAUAUUUUGAUGUCAGAUUCAGUUAUUGCUGAAAUGGAGAAAUUAAUGUUAAAUGUACGAUUAGUAAUAAAGUUUGAAGAUAAAAAGAAUGAUACAUAUUUUGUAUCUGUAUUUGAUGCAUCGGGCAUAUGUAUCAAUACAAAAUUACAGGAAUUCAUUCAACGAAAUUAUUUACAAAAUAGACAGUUUACAGAUAAUGUUGCACCAAGUAACAUCAUUCAUCAGAAUUCCAUAGUUGACAAUUCAUUGCCAAAUAAAACUAAUGAUAUGUUACAUCCAGAAAUUCCUAUAGGUGCAUUAGAAGAAGUACUGGUAACUGAUGUAUUAAGCCCAUCCAGCUUCCAUUGCCAGUUACAGAAAGAUAAUUGCGAAUUAGAUAUUCUUAUGGAUGAACUGACUGCACAUUAUGCCUCAUUGGAUGGAAAUGUAAGUUAUUGAG